AUGACCAACCAAAAACAAAGCCGAUAUGCCACCAGAAGCAGCACGCAGGGACUUUACCGUGGGUCUCGAAAGGUUCGAAAGACCUCAUCUAGGGCAACGGCCUCCAACCACCAAACCUCUGAAAAAAUUCACCCAGAAGAUGAAAAACCGAUGAUCAAAACGGAAGCCUCUGUAGUCAGUUCCCGCGGCGAUGGUGAAGAGGACGAGACACCUACACCAAGCUAUCGCGCAAUCAGCGCUGGUUCCGAAAAACGUACGCCGGACCAAAUUCCGAAUCGAUCGGUAUUAGAGGUGUUUCCUUUAGAGUUCCAUGUUGACGGGGGAAAUGUUAUCUUUCCGGCUCUUCGGAUGAUCAUGGAUGCGACUACCCUCAAAGAUUAUUUGGAAUUUGCCCGGGUGGAACCUGAUGAGAUUGCCAGAGUCAUUCCCAUACUGAAAGAGAAGGGUGUCAAUCACUUCGACUUAUUUUUAUUCAAGGAAUAUGUCAACAAGGAUAUUAUGAAAUCUUGGGGUAUCUCUCCAGGCACGGCGGCUCGGAUGAUGGUUUACGCCCAUAUGUUCUACCAAAGCCAAGUCGAAUUGGACGGCCAGUAUGUGGGGCCUUCAGCCCAAAUACAACGACAUGAUCUCCGGCAAGUCUUUGAGAGGCCAGAGAUUCUCUCAAAGACUUGCGAGAUUAUUGACAAAGUCAUCCUCAUUCAGCCCCAAUUCCAUUCUGUUCAAACUUCUUCGCGAAAAAACAUCAUGGGCUAUCCCAUUGCACCAGUUAAAAUUGAACAACCUUUCAUCUCUCCCAAACUAAUUGAAGCUAUCGACAACGCACACGACGCCGGUCAAGAUCUUCGAUCUGUGGACGACUUGCUCCGUUUAUUAGAUUUGGGUACAAUGAGGUUGUAUGCGACCAUGACUACUCGAUUGAAAAAGGAUGGGUCAAAUUAUAAUGAGUGGGUGGACACUUUGAACGAGAAUGUUUGGUUCAAGGCGGGGAUGACUCGCGAUUAUUUGGAUCAACCUCGCCCGGAAUUCAACACCCUGUUUGAUUGGGUUUUGGACGAAAUCCUCUUGGCGAUAAUUUGUGCCACCGUUCAUCGCGACGUGGUCGAGGCCCUUCGCAUAGCCUCUGACCCACAUGACGCCCUCAUGUGGCUCAACUGGUACUACAAUUGUGAUUGGUACUCAUUUGCAAUACGCGGCAUUGUCGAACAGUAG